AUGGGAUUACGUGUAUGUUUCUUUUCUACUUUACUUCAUUUAUUUGAAUAUUUACUUAUUUGCAUUUACAUUAUAAAAGUAACAGAUCAAGAGAGAAAUAGUCGUGACCAUGAAGGAACUUUGAUGAAACAUCAGGGUGCUAUGAAGGGUUGGACAAGAUUCUGGACGGUCAUCACAGGUAAUCGAUUGUUUUAUUUCAAAUAUAAGGGUGAUAGUAUUUGCAAGGGAUUAAUCGUUCUCGAUUCAAAGUCAUUGGUUCACAAGGUGAAGGAUAUGGAAUUCAACAUUACCACCUACACCAACGGUAAGCCACACACCGACCAGUUCCACUGCGAUACUACAGCGGAGCUAACUCAAUGGAUCAAUGUCAUUCAAUCAAACAUCAACAAGUUGUCCAAUCCAAGCUCUGCUGGAGUUGUCGUGGCAUCCACUUCCGUUGGUACCAUCAAAGUGAAUGGAAUGACAGUGACAACUACCACUUCCUAUCCACCACAACCAAUAAUGCAACAACAAUAUCAACCUGCAUUAUCACCUCCACAUCCACAUCAAUAUCAACAACAACCACCACAACAACAAUAUUACUAUCCACAACCACCACAGCCACAAUACCAACCACAACAAUACCAACCACAACAAUAUCAACAACAACAAUAUCAACAACAGCCACCACCUCCACAUAAUUAUGUAGCACCAUUAUCUCCACCACAUCCACAACAUCAACAACAACAACAACAACAGCAACAAUAUCAACCACCACAAGCUCCACAACCACAAUUGUAUCCAUCUCAACAACAAUUGGGUGAGUUACCAUAUGAUCCUUCACCAUCUGCACCUUCUGCACCAUCUGCACCACCAUCGGCAACACCAACCAAUCCGACAUCGAAAUAUAAUAAACCACUUCCAACUCCAGGACAAGGUAAUUUCAAUAAUAAUAACAAUAACAAUAGCAAUAACAGUGCAGUUUCAUUGACUAAAGCAAAUCCACCUCAACUUCCACCACAACAACCAGGUCACUACAAUCAACCACCUCCAUCAUUCUAUCCACAACAACAACAACAAAUGCAACCAGGUCAAUAUAGUCAAUCUACACCACAAUUAUAUCCUCAGCUACCACCACAACCACCCGCGAAACCACAGCACAUGAUGUCACAACCAUCGAUGGGAAUGAUGGCACCAUCACCAUUCGGCGCAGCCUAUGGAGUGGCUGGAAUGAUGGCAGCACCUAUCAUGCCACAAUCAGCGAUUAUCGAUGGCAAGCUGAUUCCACCGGUUGGAACGGUCAUGGUUGCACCUCCACAGGGUGAGCUCAUCGUUAGAAUCAUUUCGGCAAAGAAUUUGGUUGCAGCGGAUUCAAAUGGCAAGUCUGAUCCGUAUGUCAUCUUGCGACUUCCAAACUCACACGUCGAGCAUCCAACAAAGACACGUAUCAUCCACAAGAACUUGAAUCCCGUUUGGAACGAAGUGUUCACCAUUCCAAUCAACGAUAUUCAGCAUCAUAUGUUGGUGUUGGAGGUGUACGACCACGACAAACUAUCGACCGACGACAUCAUUGGAUUCGUUGGAAUCGACCUCUCGCUCUUGCCGAUGGGAGCAGAGGUUGUCACCACUGAACAACUCUCCUACGUGCCACACGGUGAGAUUCAAGUCGGAUUGACAGCGGUCAACUUUGGAAUUCAAAACUAUCCACCAAACUACCCGCUCGACUACAUUGGAUGGCGACAAUCGAUACCGACCGUAUCGAAACACGGCAUGGAAAAGGAAAAGAAGGAUUUGAAGCAUCACCAUCAUAACAAUAAACACAAGAAGGAUAAAUGUGAAGUGAAGAAACCUGGACCAUACUCACAUAACAUCAUUCACUCGAGAUUCGAAAUCGUCAACGGUUGGGUUAGAAAGAGAAAGACAACCUCAGAGAAAGUAGGAAAAGCAGCUAAAACAACAGGACUUGUAAUUGGUGCAAUUGCACUUGGUGCACUAAGUGGUUAG